GUCGACGGCGCCGCCGCCUUCGUCCUCCUCGUGCCGUUCCCGGCGCAGGGCCACGUUACGCCGAUGCUCCACCUGGCGCGCGCCCUCGCCGCGCGCGGCGUGGCGGCCACCGUCGUCCUGCCCGACUUCGUGCACCGCCGCGUCGCCGUGCAGGCCGGCGCCCGCGGCGUGGCGCUCGCCUCCUUCCCCAGCGGUGUCGUCGCGGACGGCGACGGCGACACUGCCCCGUGCUUCGCCAGCAUCGUGCGGGCCAUGGAGCACCACGUGCCGGCGCACCUGGAGCGCGUGCUCACGCGCGACGACGGCGGCGCCCUGGCGCUGCCAGGAGGACGCCGCAGGGCCGCGUGCGUCGUCGUCGACGUGCUGGCUUCGUGGGCCGUGCCGGUGGCCGCGAAGUGCGGCGUGGAGGCGGUGGGGUUCUGGCCGGCGAUGCUGGCGAGCUACCGCGCCGUGGCGGCCAUACCCGAGCUUAUUGACAAAGGGUUCGUCUCAGAAUACGGCAUUCCCAUAUUGGCGAACGGAUUCAACGAAGACCAGAGCAAAGUAAAAGCAAACCUCCAUGCUGAAAUCAUCAGUUUAUUCCCUGCACAACUAGAGCUAAGCACCAAAGAUUUGCCAUGGCUCGUCGGUGACGCAGCGACCCAGAAAUCAAGAUUCACCUUCUGGCUCCGCACAAUGGAGCGUGCGAGGAGCCUCCGCUGCAUCCUCGUCAACUCCUUCCCCGGCGAGGCCCCCGGCGGCGGCGUCGACGUCUACCACGACCAGCAACAGCCAUUGCAGCACCCGCAAAUCCUCCCAGUCGGACCAUUGCUAGCCAACGUCGUUCUUGAUCGCCCAAAAGAGAACAAUAACCUGCAGCGCUCGCCACUGAACAACACUGGCGGCAUGUGUCAGGCAGACAGAACCUGCGUGGAGUGGCUCGACCAGCAGCUUCCCGGCUCGGUGACGUACGUCUCGUUCGGGACCUGGGUCGCGCCGAUCGCGCCGGCCGAGAUCACCGAGCUGGCCGCCGGUCUGGAGGCCACCGGCCGGCCUUUCCUGUGGGUCCUCAAGGACGACCCGUCAUGGCGAGCCGGCCUCCCCGCCGGGUACGCGGAGGCCAUAUCCAUCUCCGGCCACGGCAAGAUCGUGGCAUGGGCGCCUCAGGACGACGUCCUCGCGCACGGCGCCGUCGGGUGCUACCUCACGCACUGCGGCUGGAACUCGACGCUGGAGGCGAUACGGCACGGCGUCCGCAUGCUGUGCUACCCGAUGGCGGGGGACCAGUUCAUCAACUGCGCGUACAUCGUCAGGGUGUGGGAGAUUGGGUUCCGGCUGGGCAGCACCAACCGAGGCGAGGUGGAGCGUUGCGUCGGGAGGAUCAUGGAAGGCGAGGACGGGAGACGGCUGCAGGAGAAGAUGGACGAGCUGAGGGAGAGGGUUAUGGCGGGUGAGGCAAGCUCAAGCUGCGUUGCAAAGAGGAAUAUCGAGGCUUUCGUUGAUGGUAUCAAGGGGCCAAGGCUGGGUUUGUUUUGGGAUAAUAAAUAUUGAUACUCGAUAGAUCUCUAAAGACUAUUAAUUCGUAUGAAAUAAAAAAAAGUA